ACAGACACGCUGCGCUCUCAGAGUCUCUCCACACGCUUCAAGAGAGACACAUUAAAGAGUCGUUUUUUUUUUUUAUCUCCACCAUGUCACCGAGACACGACCUGAGCGAGCCCAGCACGAUAUGAGGAUUUUCUUUUUUUACGUUUGAUUUACAGGGUGGAAAGAAAUCACUCCAGCGAGACAGCUCCGGCUCCUUUUACGACUUUUUUUCUUUUUUGACUGUAGAAAAAGCGCGACAGAUAAGAGGAGGAGAACAUCUGUAAACAAAGACUAUCAGAGACACCUAAACUGAGCAGAAGGAUUGAUCAAGCCUCAAAAAGGCGAAACUGGUCACCAUGAGUUCCGAGAAGUCAAAAGUGGAGGAUGAAGCAGUCUUGGACAGAGGAGCGUCCUUUGUCAAACACGUCUGCGACGAGGAGGAAGUGGAAGGUCACCACACCGUGUACAUCGGCGUGCACGUUCCCAAGAGCUACCACCGGAGGAGACGCCACAGACGCAAGUCCAGCCACAAGGAGAAGCGGGAACGGCCGGAUCAGAGCACGGAGGGGUACAAGUCAGACGGGGAAGAGUCCAACGCCAACAUCCUCAAACCUCUCAUUUCUCCCGCUGAGAGGAUCCGGUUCAUCCUUGGCGAGGAGGACGAUGGCCCCCCGCCUCCUCAGCUCUUCACCGAGCUGGACGAGCUCUUGGCUGUGGACGGACACGAGAUGGAGUGGAAGGAGACGGCCAGGUGGAUCAAGUUCGAGGAGAAGGUGGAGAAGGGCGGCGAGCGCUGGAGUAAACCCCAUGUGGCCACGCUGUCCUUACACAGCCUGAUGGAGCUCAAAACGCACAUCGAGAAGGGAACCAUCAUGCUGGACCUGGAGGCCGCCACGCUGCCACAAGUAGUCGAGGUGAUCACCGACAGCCAGAUCGAGAGCGGGCAGUUGAAGCCGGAGCUGAAGGAGAAGGUCAUGUACACGCUGCUACGGAAACAUCGCCACCAGACCAAGAAGUCCAAUCUGCGCUCUCUCGCUGACAUCGGCAAGAGUGUUUCAAGUGCAAGUAGGCUCUUCUCCAACCAAGAGAAUGCACGCAACCCCCUCGAGCAGCACCCCGUGCCUUGUUUAAGCCCGCAAGAAUUAGAGGAAGCGUCUGAGGUCAUGAGGAGCUCCAGCAUGGGAUACCUCUGUAGUCCGACCACUGCCCAUAGAAACCUCACCUCCAACAGCCUGAGUGACUUCUCUGACAAACCAGAGAAGGAUCAGUUAAAGAAUAAAUUCAUGAAGAAGCUGCCCCGUGAUGCAGAGGCGUCAAACGUGCUGGUCGGAGAGGUAGACUUCCUGGAGACUCCCUUCGUGGCGUUUGUCCGUCUGCAGCAGGCCGUCAUGUUGGGCGCUCUGACUGAAGUCCCUGUGCCCACGAGGUUUCUCUUUGUCCUGCUGGGCCCCAAAGGCAAAGCUAAGUCCUAUCAUGAAAUCGGAAGAGCCAUCGCCACGCUGAUGUCGGAUGAGGUUUUCCACGACAUUGCCUACAAAGCGAAGGACAGACAGGACCUGCUGGCGGGUAUCGAGGAGUUCCUGGAUGAGGUCAUCGUCCUCCCCCCGGGAGAGUGGGACCCCGACAUCAGGAUAGAGCCCCCCAAGUCUCUGCCCUCCUCAGACAAGAGGAAGCACAUGUACGCUGGAUUAGAGGCGCCUCAGAUGAACGGCGACACCCCCCACGAUGCGGGACACGGAGGGGGAGGAGGACACGAGGUCGGAGAGGAGCUUCAGAGAACUAGAAAGUUCUGUGGAGGUCUCAUCCUGGACAUCAAGCGGAAGCUGCCGUUCUUUGCGAGCGACUUCUACGACGCUCUGCACAUCCAGUCUCUGUCGGCCAUCUUGUUCAUCUACCUGGGCACGGUCACCAAUGCGAUCACGUUCGGGGGGUUACUCGGAGAUGCGACGGAGAACAUGCAGGGAGUGUUGGAAAGUUUCCUGGGUACGGCGCUGACGGGAGCGGUGUUCUGUCUGCUGGCCGGACAGCCGCUGACCAUCCUGAGCAGCACGGGCCCCGUGCUCGUCUUUGAAAGGCUCCUCUUCAACUUCAGCAAAGACAACGACUUCGACUACCUAGAGUUCCGGCUGUGGAUCGGCCUGUGGUCGGCCGUGUUCUGUCUCCUGCUGGUCGCCACCGACGCCAGCUUCCUGGUGCAGUACUUCACGCGUUUCACCGAGGAGGGCUUCUCGGCGCUCAUCAGCUUCAUCUUCAUCUACGACGCGUUCAAGAAGAUGAUCAAGCUGGGCCACUACAACCCCAUCAACGCCGGCUUCGACGCCAACUUGAUCACCCAAUACGACUGCAACUGCAUACCUGGCAACUCGUCAGAUCUCCUUGACCUCUCGGCCUGGACAAACAGUUCUGAUCUGCCAGUGAACGCCACCUGGGCGACGCUGACCAAGAAGCAGUGUCUGCAUUACGGAGGUGAGCUGGUCGGAGACGCCUGCGGCUACGUGCCUGACAUCACCCUGAUGUCUUUCAUCCUGUUCUUUGGGACUUACACCUGCUCCAUGGCUCUGAAGAAGUUCAAGACAAGCCGCUUCUUCCCCACCAAGGUGAGGAAGCUCAUCAGUGACUUUGCGAUCAUCUUGACCAUUCUCCUCUUCUGCGGCGUGGACGCCUUCGUCGGUGUGAACACCCCAAAGCUUAUAGUGCCAACGGAAUUCAAGCCAACGAGUCCUCAUAGAGGCUGGUUUGUCAAGCCCUUCGGAGGGAACCCUUGGUGGGUGUACCUGGCUGCGGCCCUCCCCGCUCUGCUGGUAACCAUUCUCAUAUUCAUGGACCAGCAGAUCACUGCGGUGAUCGUCAACCGGAAAGAGCACAAACUGAAGAAAGGGGCGGGCUAUCACUUGGACCUGUUCUGGGUGGCCGUCCUGAUGAUAAUCUGCUCGUUCAUGGGCCUGCCGUGGUACGUGGCCGCCACUGUCAUCUCCAUCGCCCACAUCGACUCCCUGAAAAUGGAGACCGAGACGUCGGCCCCUGGAGAGCAGCCCAAAUUCCUGGGUGUGAGGGAGCAAAGAGUCACCGGUAUCUUUGUGUUCCUCCUCACGGGACUCUCCGUCUUCAUGGCCCCCAUCCUCAAGUUCAUUCCCAUGCCGGUGCUCUACGGGGUGUUCCUCUACAUGGGCGUGGCGUCGCUCAAUGGUGUCCAGUUCAUGGACCGCCUGCAGCUGCUCCUGAUGCCAGCCAAGCACCAACCGGACCUGAUCUACCUGCGACACGUCCCCCAGAGACGCAUCCACCUCUUCACCUUCAUCCAGGGCCUGUGCCUGGCCCUGCUCUGGAUCCUCAAGUCCACUGUGGCUGCCAUCAUUUUCCCGGUCAUGAUCCUGGCUCUCGUUGCCGUGCGUAAGGCGAUGGACUACGUGUUCUCCCAACACGACCUGAGCUACCUGGACGACGUCAUCCCGGAGAAAGACAAGAAGAAGAAGGAGGAUGAGAAGAAAAAGAAAAGCAAGAAGAAGGGAAGCAUCGACAGUGAAAUUGACUUUUCUGACUACCCCUACCAUGACAAUAUACCCAGUAUAAAAAUCUCUAUGGAUAUGAUGGAGCAGGAGCCCAUGUUGGGGGAUAAAUCUUUGGAUAGAGAUCAAUCCAAGGCUUUCCUUAACACGCAUUCGCCGUGCUGAGCACUAUUUUGAAACUGCCACUGUGGCCGAGUGAUCUUGAAAGAGGUGGAUACGCAAAAGGUUCCCCUCAGAUUCGAAUAGAAAGGGACUCUGAGGAGAACGGUUUUGUCUGGAGGAGGAAGGGCUCUGAAACGGAUCUGUGAACAAAUUAUCCAGAAGAUGCAGCAGAACCAGCGCAGCAUAGCAAAAACUAUAACCGUCCUCUUUUUUUUUUUUUGUACUAUAGCAUGUUUCUAAAACUCCUCGUGUGAGGAUUUCAAUCAAAAUGGCUGGAAAAUAUUUUUGUCUUAAAAAAUGUAAACACUCUGGUGGUACUGGUUUGUAAUCAGGGCUGAAUGGAACUGAGUAUUUAUGUUCUCGAAGAAACUAAAAGGGCUACUCGAGGUCACCCAUGUGCAGUUUUUAUAUGCAACACUAAUAUUUUAUGAUUGUACGCUAUCUUAUUCUAUAAAGAGUAUCGAGCCAAAGAUGUCAAAUCAAGAAAGAUGCCCAGAAAGAAGCUAGUUUUAGAGUUUCACUCUGCAUAUAUCAGGAGUUCCUCCAAAGAACACCGGCAGUAACAGACCUAUCUUUUUAAAGUAAGGUUUUGAUUGAAUAUCGUAGAUUAUAGGCGUGUAGAAUAACUAGCACAGCAGUUUUAAGAGUUAACACUACUUGUAUCAUAAGAUUAAAAGAGUGCAUUUGCUUUUCUUGUAGUGAACAAAAGGUCGUCUGUGAUCCCUCACAAGCUGACGCUAAUUUUAAAUCUACGGGCAAAUUAAAUAUUAAUUUAAGAAUCGAUCAAAGGCUGCAUACUCGUCGCAAAGCUAAUCUUUGUGUUAGCCUCAAAAAGACUGGAAAAUCUGUUUGUUUCUUUUCCUUAUCCUUCCCUUCUUCUUCUUCUUCUUUUUCCAUAUUUAUUAUAUUUAAACUUUGUGCGGAACAAUCUGAAUCUGAAGUGUGAUCUUUUUUUUUUUCUCCCGAGGAGUGGAUCCCCACUUCCUGUUUUUUGGGGGGGAGAUUUCAGAGAUGUGUUUUUACCUGUGAGUAGCUCUACCUCUUCUGUUUCUAUGUAGGUGCCAGGCAUCAUCCCGUUCAAAACAUCUCUAGUGCAAUUCUUUGUGAUCAAACACUUGAUUCAUUUUUCUCUCUUGACUGGCACCGUGUAAGACCUCUGAAUCUGAAGUCCUUUUUUUUGCUUUGCGACACUUAAGAUAUUAUAUUUUUGUUAAUCAGUAUGAUUUAAUUAUGCACGAUUUGCAGUGUUUUAUACGGAAGCCCUAAGAGGACGUGAAUCAAUACAUUUUAUUUUACUCCCUGUGAUAAAAAAAAACAUUGGUUGUUUUCUCCUGAUCCCAUCUUGCAUAUCUUAUCUCAGUUUUUCCCGUGCAAACGAGGUCAUUUCAGUCGUUUAUCCUGAGAUCUCAAGAUAUUAAAACGGGGAAAAGAGUGUUGUUAUCCCGAGAUAACAAGCCGUACAAGUCAAAGAUCUGCAGAAAACAGCCGGAAAUAAUCGUCAGUCAAAUGUUUGGAAGUUUAAAUCCACCGAAAUCACUUUCUCAAACAUUUUAAACGAUGUCCUCUCGCAGCAUGCUGAGAAUACUUAAACCUAAAAACUGCCAUUUGGUGAUAAAACUGCUUUAUUUAAUUUUUUUUCAUGUAAUGAAGUUGGGUGUUUGAUAUCCUCACAUGCUUGACCGUAGACCCUCAAAGUCUUGAGUAAAUUCACCUUUUAAAAUGUGAUCAUAUUUAAAAACGUUUAAUGUGAUAAAUCCUGAGAUUUUUUUUUUUUUUUUUUUUU